AUGCCCUUCUCUCUUGAGCGGAAUGGCAGCCAGAUAGCUUCGGUGGUGGUCAAAGAGGGCCUCCUCAGUCUGUGGUUGCCCCAGAAGUCCAAGUGGCAGAACGUGUAUUGCAAGCUGCAACAAUCCGGAUGGUUUUACUGGUUCCACAAGUCCGGUUACAGAAAGCCUAUACAUGGAGUGGAUCUGAAGGUGGUUGCAGCCUUUUUCGCCCAUGGUGAACUGACAAAAGCACUUAGCGUGAGACCAGCUGGAAUGAUUGACGCAGAUUACGAAAGAGCGUUUGCUUUGACAAAAGAGCCGGUGGUGGGAAGCGAAAUAUUCUUCUUCUUAUGCUCAAACAUGGCCGAAAUGAAGAGUUGGGUGACAAGCAUAUUUACGGUGCUCGGACAACCAGUGCCAGCAGAAUAUCAAGUGUCAACCAUUGGGAUAGCCUAUCAACAAGGAAAUCCUGUUUGCACGCAGGGAGUUGGCAUUCCGGUAUCAGUGAAUGCUGCUACGAGCUUUCCGCUACUACUUGUAAGGCCCUAUUCAGGAACUUCCUCUCCCACUGCAACAACGCAGCAAAUCCUGCCGACACAAAGAACAGCUUCGCCAACACCUACGGGCCAUAAUUUGAACCCACCAAUCCAACAGUCCUCCUCGGUGCCGACGCUGUUUCGCCUGAUUCCAUCAAGCGCAUCCCCUCUACCCUCGGCCACAGUCCCUGCAAUGCAACAAGCCGCUUUCCCAAUUAUGGCUCAACCCUUGGUUUUGCAGCCAGUCACGCAAAUACCACAUCCUUUGCCAAACGGCGAAUCGAAAGGUCCGUUCCGCAGUCUGAGUGAUGCUGGGAACAUUGUAAAGGAGGCUAGUGCCCAGGGACGACCUCUGGAAAAGGGCACCCCGAAGCCGCACGGGAAAAGCUCACAUUCGGACAAUCAACGUGACUUCAUUUCAUCCCCAAAGGUGACUUCACAGCAAUCUCUAUUCCGCCGGAUCGACCCAUAGAACGCACAAUACACACCCUUAAACUAAGCAAUACCUAUAACCCGCUCCAAUUGAUUUUGGUUCGCGCAUCAGGCGCCUGUUUAAUUUACUCAUCAGUAUCACUGUUUAAUUGUCAUUUUCGUUUAUUGGCCUAAUACGCACUUCAUUUUUCCGCU